CCAGUUACCGGAGUGCAGCGGCUGCUAGGGACCGCUGACGUCACUUCCUCUUCCGGGUGCAGCAUGCUCCAUGUGUGCUGCAUGCCCAUAGAGAUUCUGUCGUCUUCAGGCUCAAAUACAAGGAUGGGUAAACUGAGAAAGAGGCAUAACUGGAAAGCAAGACAACAAGUGCAGUGCACGGAAGACAAGUCCGAACCCGAGCAAAACGUGCAGGUUGAGGUAGAAGGAGCUCAACAACUGAAAGGUGUGGACGAGAGCAACGCUCUGGUGCUACCCUCCAAAAAAUCCAAGCAGAAAAAACUUACUGGGACUGCUGCCACUAAAAAAACACUAAGUCGAAAACAGAAGAAAGCUCUGCAGAAGAUCCUAGAACAGAAGGAAAAAAAGAUCCAGAGAUCGGGCCUCCUGAGUAAGCUGAGUGAGGUGCAAGCCUCUGAUAAAGAACUGAGCCUGUUGUAUACAACUUCCAAACUGGGCACGGGCGAUCGAUUGUACUGUGCUAAACGGACGGUUGAUGACGUGAAUAGUCCAGUAUUGGGAUGCAUAAAUAGCAUCAGUGGAGCAAACAAGAAGCGUAGACGAAAAGCUCCAGCAGAAGAUGACGAAGAACAGACAGACAAGGACAUGUCUUCUGAUAGUUCUGUCGAGGAAGACGAGAGUGAUGCAUCUGAGAAGACGGAAGAAAUGGUUGGGGAUAAUGUCAGCUCUCCUGUGAAGCCUAUAGACACAGAUGUAUCUCAGAGCAUCCCAGCAGAAUCUAAGCCAGCACCUACUGGAGAGCCAUCUAAAGACAAACCUGCACCUCUGCCAUCACAGCCAGCAAUAUUUAUUCCUGUCGACAGGUCUCCUGAAAUUCAGGAGGCUAGGUUAAAACUCCCAAUCCUGGCUGAAGAACAGGUCAUUAUGGAGGCCAUUCAAGAAAACCCUGUAGUUGUUUUGUGUGGUGAGACUGGCAGUGGGAAAACCACACAAGUGCCACAGUUCCUCUACGAAGCCGGCUAUGGAAGUAAAAAUGACAUCAUUGGCAUCACAGAACCACGUCGUGUAGCAGCAGUGACCAUGUCACAGAGAGUGGCUCUCGAAAUGAACUUGCCUCAGAAUGUUGUUUCUUAUCAAAUUCGAUAUGAAGGAAAUGUUUCUCCUGAAACAAAAAUAAAAUUCAUGACCGAUGGUGUUCUGCUAAAAGAAAUUCAGAAGGAUUUCUUGCUUAAAAGAUACAGAGUCAUAAUUAUUGAUGAAGCUCACGAGCGCAGUGUCUACACCGAUAUUUUAAUUGGACUCUUAUCUCGUAUUGUCCCUCUUCGUACAAAGAAAGGACUUCCAUUAAAGUUGAUUAUCAUGUCGGCUACUUUGCGUAUUGAAGACUUCACUGAAAACAAAAAGCUCUUCCCCAUUACUCCUCCAGUGAUUAAGGUGGAUGCCAGGCAGUUUCCAGUCACAGUACACUUUAAUAAGCGUACUCCACUAGAUGACUAUGUGGGGGAAAGUUUCAGAAAGGUCUGCAAGAUUCACAGAAUGCUCCCAUCAGGGGGAAUCUUGGUGUUCCUCACAGGUCAGGCAGAAGUACAUUCACUUUGCAGACGAUUGAGAAAAAUGUUCCCUUACCGAGGUAAACGGGAACCUAAAGAGGUAAAAGAUGAAAAUGUUCAGGAAACAGAAGCACUGAAAGCAUUUAAGAAGUCCAAACCGAAGAAGAAUAUGAACCUGCCUAAAAUCAACUUAAACAAUUAUUCAGCUUUGCCCGUGGAUGAAGGAGAUGAAGACCGGGAGGCAGGUGUUGAUGAUGAAGAGGGAGAGGGGUCAGACUUUGACCUGGAUUUGGGAGAUGCUGGAUCCGAUAAAGAUGAAGAAUCAGACUCCUCCCUUCCACUUUUUGUGUUGCCAUUGUAUUCCUUACUAGCUCCUGAAAAGCAGGCCAAGGUCUUUCGCCCUCCACCAAGUGGAACUAGGCUGUGUAUUGUGGCCACCAAUGUAGCAGAAACAUCUCUUACCAUUCCCGGUAUAAAAUACGUUGUUGACUGUGGAAAAGUAAAGAAAAGAUUCUAUGAUAAAGUCACUGGUGUCUCCUCCUUCCGUGUGGAUUGGACUUCCCAAGCUUCAGCUGAUCAGAGAGCAGGAAGAGCAGGGCGUACUGAGCCUGGCCAUUGCUACAGGUUGUACUCUUCAGCCGUCUUCAGUGACUUUGAACAUUUUUCCCAACCUGAAAUAACAAGACGCCCUGUAGAAGAUUUAGUUCUUCAGAUGAAAGAUUUGAACAUUGAAAAGGUGGUAAAUUUCCCUUUUCCCACGCCACCUUCUACGGAUUCUUUGAUAGCAGCAGAGGAGUUAUUAAUUGCUCUUGGAGCAUUGGUGGAGCCCCUCAAAACUGGCAGACUAACAGUGAUGCAGAAAGCGAAGCUUAGUUGUCCAAUCACACCCCUAGGAAGGACCAUGGCAUCCUUUCCAGUUGCACCGCGAUACGCUAAAAUGCUUGCUCUGGGGAAACAGCACGAUUGCUUACCAUAUGUUAUUACUAUUGUGGCAGCCAUGACUGUUAGAGAGCUGUUUGAAGAGCUUAACAGGCCAGCCCUUAAUGAUGAAGAAAAUGUAGUAUUAAAAGGCAAGAAGGCCCGAGUGUUGCAGAUGCAGAAGAUAUGGGCAGGACAGGGCCCUGCCCAGAAACUUGGGGAUCUUAUGGUUAUGCUAGGAGCUGUGGGUGCAUGUGAAUACUCCGGACUAACGCCAACAUUUUGUGAACGUAAUGGCCUCAGAUUUAAAGCCAUGAUGGAGAUAAGACGUUUAAGAGGACAGUUAACCACAGCAGUCAAUUCCUUGUGCCCCGACGUCUCCAUUUUCCUUGACUCCAAGAUGCAACCCCCUUCAGAGAGCCAAGUGAAUUACCUGAGGCAGAUAGUGAUGUCUGGUUUGGGUGAUCACAUAGCUAGACGGAUUCGUCCUGAAGAACUUCUUGAUGACGCAUGGAGGAAUGCAUAUAAGACUCCUCUUCUUGAAGAUCCAGUUUUUAUCCAUCCAAAUUCUUCUCUCUUCAAACAACUUCCUGAUUUUGUAGUUUUCCAGGAAAUUUUGGAAACCACCAAAAUGUACAUGAAAGGUGUUUCCUCGAUUGAGUCAGAGUGGAUUCCUGCCUUGCUUCCCCAGUAUUGUCAUUACGGAGACCCGCUGGAAGACCCUCCUCCUUUUUACUGUGAAGCAACAGGAAGAGUGAAGUGUCACAGACAAAGCACCUUCUAUCGUGUUGGAUGGCAGCUGGCUGCUGUGGAGGUUGAUUACCCAGAAGGUUUAGAGCGCUACAAGUAUUUUGCAAAGUUUUUACUAGAAGGAAAGGUGAUCAAAAAACUGGGCUCCUACAACCGUAUUUUACUAUCAAGCCCUGUGACAAUGCUUAAAACGUGGGCCAAGCUUCAGCCUAGAACAGAAAUUUUAUUGAAAGCCUUGGUUUCUGAAAAGGCAGACAAUCUGUCCUCGUUACUUGCAGCCUGGAAAAAUGACCCCAAGUACCUCUUACAUGCGUUUUGUCAGUGGAUUCCAGAAGCUGCACACGCAGACGUCACCAAAGCCUGGCCGCCUGUGUCUUCUUGAAGCCAUCAGAAAAUAUUAUCAGAUAUUGUUUGUUUCCUGAGAAACAGAUUGUUCAUGUCUCAAGAAUCUAAAGGAACGUCUCAAGUGCCUUGAAUUAUACAGCGAUGGCUGCUGUUCUCUCUUCAUGUCGUGUGGCUUGCCCUCUCCUUGGCAUUUCAUACAUUGUUACAAUGUAACUGAAGUCACGUCUUCCAUGAGAUCAUGUGCUACAUAUUGUAUAAUAUGUAUAUAACAAAGUGAAAUAAAAAAAUAAAAUUUUAUAUCAAA